AUGGGAAAUAAGUAAUCAAAUGAAAAAAAAAUAUAAGAGUCUUAAAUUUCAGUAAAUUAAUCUUAGCUCUCAGCUCGUGAAAGUUAAUUAAAUACAUCUAAUUCAAAUUAGAGUAAUUAUGCAAAAAAAGAAUAAAUUGCAUAAGAAUUAUAUUUUCCAUCUUCUGAUGAUUGUCCAUCAAAAAUAAACAUAACUUUAGGUGGAAUAAACUUUUGGAGUAAUUACGACUCUGGGAAUUUGUUUAAAGUGGAAUAAGUUGAAACAAACACAUUUAAUCUAAGUAUUUCAGAAGAUUGUCAAGGUAGAAUUCCUCCAGUGUAGUCAAACAAAGGCACAAGAUAAUGGUUUAAUUUUAAAGUUGUUACUGCUUCAGAUUUUUAAGCAAACUUUGUGAUUGUAAAUAUUGCGACAAGAUUUAAAAAAAUUUGGAGUGCUGACUCAGACAUUUAUUUUAAAAUCAAUAAAAUCUGGAAUAGAUAUCCUGCAGUUUAUCAAGGCUUUUAAGUCAAAUUUUCAUUUGAAUUUUAAGCUAAUUAGAUUGUGUAGUUUGCUUAUAUGCCACCUUGGUCUUACAAAAAGAAUCAAAAGUAUUUAGACUUUUAUUCAUCUUAAUUGCAUCCUGAUAUCUACUUCAGAAGAGAGACUAUUGCACAUUCGUUAGAAGGAAGAAAUAUUGAAUUAAUUACUAUUACCAAAAAUGGACCUUCCGAAUAGCAACCAUAUUAUUGCACUGAAUAUUUAUUCCCAGAAAAAUAAUUUAAUGAACCUUUAAAAAAAUUCAAGAAGCAAUAUAUUUUGAUCUCGUGUCGUAUUCAUGCAGGAGAAGUACCUUCAUCAUUUAUUUUGAAAGGAAUUCUUGAAUCGCUUAAGAAUUAAAAUGAAUCUGCUGAAUAUUUACUUUAAAACUAUGUUUUUUUAAUCAUUCCAAUGUUAAAUCCUGAUGGAGUUUAUCGUGGACAUUAUAGAUUAGAUUCUUUAGGAUAUGAUCAAAAUAGAGUUUACAAUAGAAUUGUAAAAUUUCCAAAAUUUAAUGGUCCUUUAGCUGUUUUGGAAAUUUGCAAAAAUUAUAAUGUUGCUUUCUACAUUGACCUGCAUGCCCAUAGUGUACUAACUAACAGCUUUAUUUAUACAAAUUGGCAUCCAAAUCCAUCCAUUCAUUCAGCAAUUUUAGUAGAUUAUAUAUUUAUUAUUAGGAAUUUCCUAAAUAAAUGAAAUAAAAAGUUCAUCAUUUUCGUAUAAAGGAAUCAAUGUCAACUUCAAUAAAUUAUGAAAAAUCAUAAUAUGAAUUUGAAGGAAUUUAUACAGAAAAAGAAGAAAAUAUUUAAAAAGCUCCUGACCUCAAAAUUCACAUUACUAAAGAGAAUCUAGUACCUCAAAAUAUGACUAGUGAUUGUCCAUUUUCAACUAAUCCAUAUUUGACAGGAGUUGCUAAAUCUGAUGUUUACCUAACUUCAUCAAAUAUGUUUAGUUAUACUUUAGAAGUUAACUAUAGAUAUUAUACUAAAAACAAAUAAGUGUUUAAAUAUGAAAUCAGUGAUUUUAUUAACUUAGGAAGAGAUGUCGUUGAAUCACUAUAUUCAGUUCAUCAAAAUUAAGAUUUUAUUUAAAUAAAAUCAUAACUCGACGGUAGUAUAUUUAACUGA